UGUGGAGACCACGGAAGCUCAGAACGCCGAGAGACAGUGGAGGUGGUAAGGUGAAGCCGAUACAGAGGUGCUGUUGAAGCGCAAUAGUCGCGGAAAGCCAGACGAUAAGGAAGAUACUGGAUGUUAGAGCUGGAGUUUGACGCUUGAUUGUGUGAAAGCUGUAGAAUUGACCCCUGGCCGGGACACUAUCUGUCCGGCACUGUUGGAGCCCGGGCUUUAUUAGCUGGUGCAGCUUGCAGCUAUCCGUAGUCCUGGACAGACAUAGUUCUACAGGAAAAAGGGAGCAAGCACCACCGGGAUAUCCUUUAAGCUGUUCUCUCAGUCACAGCUCCAGCCCCUGACUGCAGGGGAACAUGGAGCUGCCCGCCGUUGGAGAACAUGUGUUCGCAGUUGAAAGCAUCGAAAAGAAGCGGAUCCGCAAGGGUCGUGUGGAAUACCUUGUGAAGUGGAGAGGCUGGUCCUCAAAAUAUAAUACAUGGGAGCCAGAGGAAAAUAUUUUGGAUCCAAGGCUAUUGGUUGCGUUUCAGAACAGGGAAAGACAAGAGCAGAUCAUGGGAUACAGAAAACGUGGCCCCAAGCCAAAAAAUAAUCUUGUUUCUAUGCCAUCGUUUGCUCGCCGCUCGAAUGUUUUGAGUGGACUUCAUGAUUCCUCUGGUGAAAACCGAACCAAGUUGGACCUAGGGCCUAUUCCCAAGAGCCAUCAAUAUCAGCUAAACAGUAAAAAACACCACCAGUACCAGCCUAGUGGCAAGGACCACAAUGAAAAGCAUCAUUCCAGUAACAAGAAAAAAUACUAUUAUCAGCUCAAUAGCAAAAAACAUCAUCACUACCAACCGGAUCCUAAGCUGUAUGAACAGUAUACCAUUGAAAAAGAGUCUCAAAUAAGUACUGAUGUCAGAAACAGGCAUAGAGAUUCCUUGACACACACACAGGCUGCAGAUAUGGGGACUCAAUUGAAGAAUGGUACAGAUUCAGUUAUUAGUGGGCCAGAAAGGAAUGGCAUCUGUAAUGGAGUGUCCAGUAGUCCUUCAACAGAAAUGUCCAGUAGUCCUUCAACAGAACUGUCCAGCAGUCCUUCAACAGAACUGCCAAGCAGUGGUGUUGGAGGGAAGAUGAAAAUUGUGAAAAAUAAAAAUAAGAAUGGGAGAAUUGUGAUAGUUAUGAGUAAAUAUAUGGAAAAUGGGAUGCAGUCCGUAAAAAUAAAGUCUUCAGAGGAGGACUGUGACAUGGGAGAUGUGAGGAGAAGGUUUGAUUCCCCAGGCACCCUUAAUGGGGACAAAACAUGCACAGCCCAGGAAGAAAAAACAGAGCAUUGGAAGAAGCGUGUGGAAUCCCGGGUAAAGAUACAUGAAGGUAGUAAAAGUGUGGACAAAGGGUCAGUACAUCUUGCAGGCCUCAGAAGGACUUAUUCUACUGCCAGUGAAACGUUAAAUGAUCAACCCUUGCAGCUCACCACAAAGAGUAGCCAUGUUCCUAUGCCAAAUAGGACCAGAUCUCCUGUUUAUGCAGGGGAGCCCUACAAUGAUUUAGUUUAUACAAAUCCAAGAAAACGUUGUUUGUCAGAAGCAAAUGGGGACAAGGAGCUUUGUAAGAAGACUCUUACAUCUCGGAGUGUGAGUGCUCCCGGCAUAGUGGAAUGCAAAGGUGGUCUGACCCCUCUUAACGUACCUUUACAGGAACCAGAUAUCAUUCUCUUAGACUCCGACUUGGACGAACCCAUAGACCUGCGCUGUGUAAAGUCUCGGUGUGACAGUGACCAAGAGGUGGACAAACCUGAGAUUCAAGUCACCCAGAAUCCUCAGUCAGUUGAUGUGGAUGUUUGUGAGUCUCAGUUUAAACCUUUCUUUGGGAAUAUUGUAAUUACAGAUGUCACAGCGAAUUGCCUUACUGUCACUUUUAAGGAAUAUAUAACAGUGUGACUCUUAUUCCUUUUGAACUGCAUAUUCUAAACUGACGCUUUCCAGCCCAAUUGGCAUGAUUUUUAAUCUGCCCUAUGGACACAUUUAUUAAUAUAUAUAUAUAUAUUAUAUAUAUAUAUAUAUAUAUAUAUAUAUAUAUAUAUCUCUAGAAGUGCCUAGCAGUGGCUGGAUUCUAAUAACUUGUGCCAUCCAAGGAUCAUCAUGACAAAGCACUUAAAUCCAAGUCUGUUUUGAAUGAAGCCUAGGUUAAUAAUUGUUUGUUUAUUUAUUUUAUAUUUAUAUACCUGGAAAUAAUCAGCUCUUCAAUGUUCUUGUUCUGUCUGGGAAUUUCUGGUGUUUAGCAGUCAAUGUUUCAGUGUUUCACCUUAUUACACAAACGAAAGAGAGAGGAGGGUGGGCUUUAUACCUUGUAUUUUUUGUUGUUUUUUUUUUAACAUUUAUUUGAAUUUUGUUUGCAAAAAAAAAAAAAAUGACGAGCUCUUUCUAGUAUAUGCUGCUAUUAGAAUUGUUAAUGCUUCCUGUAGCUGCUUGGAUGUAAAAAAUAAAUGGAGAAUCGUUAUGUGAGCAGCAUGAAGCUGUAUAAGAGAGGACUGGGUAUAUCCAGGUUCCGCUUCAAAUUCUCCUCCAUGUGUAAAAAUAUUGUAUUGUGUAAUUAUAAUACAGGGUUAUAAAAAGGA